GGUCUGAUAAUUGCUGCUGCAUUGUCAGAAGCCUGAACUCUGAAGCUGAAUGCACAAAGAGGGACAUUUACCAAGCAAAUUAGAAACACAUUUAGGGUCCUUUCAUAUGGGCAUUCCAUUUUUUUUUCAUCAGAUCAGUCACAUUUUUCAAAGAAAAAAUGAAUCCGUUUUUUUCAUCCACUACCACGUAUUGUACUCUGCAGCCUGUUUUUUUUUUAGGUUGCCUGUGGGUUUUUCUUUGAAUCCCGGACAAUUCUUCUGUCAGUUAUGGCUGCAAUCUUUCUUGGUCUACCUGACCUUGGCUUGGUAUCAAGAGAUCCCGAACUUUCCACUUCUUAAUAGGUGAUUUAACAGUACUGAUUGGCAUAUUCAAGGAUUUGGACAUCUUUUUAUGUCCUUUUCCAUCUUUAUAAAGUUCCAUUACCUUGUUACGCACGACUUUUGAACCGUUCUUUUCUGAUCCCCAU